AUGUCAACUGAAACUGUAUUUGUCACUGGUGCCACUGGUUUUAUUGCUCAACAUAUUGUCAAGCAAUUGAUUGAAAAAGGAUAUAAAACAAUUGGAUCAGUUAGAUCAAAUGAAAAAGGUGAAAAUUUAAAGUCAUUAAUCAAACAAGCUGGAUUAGAUUCAAAAUUAUUUAGUUAUGUGGUUGUUCCAGAUAUAAUUAAAAAGGAAUCAUUUGAUAAAGUUUUUGAGGAGAAUCCAGAAAUCACUGUGGUUUUGCAUACUGCUUCUCCAGUUGACUUUUCAGUUAAAGAUGUUCAAAAGGGAUUAGUUGAUCCAGCAGUUAUUGGAACUAAGAACAUAUUAAGUUCUGCUCAACAACAUAAAAAUAUAAAACAUUUGGUUAUAACUUCUUCAACAGCAACAGUACAAGAUACUACUGGUAACAGGCCAUCAACUGAACUCGUUACAGAAAAAUCAUGGAAUCCAAUCACUCAUGAUGACUUGAAAAGUCCUAGUGAUGGUCAGCUUGGUUAUAGCUUAAGUAAAACAUUAGCUGGUAAGGAAGUUGUUAAGUUCUUCGAGAAUUCGAAUCCUCAUUUUACAAUUACAUCAGUUUUACCAACUUAUGUUUUUGGUCCACAAGCAUUUGAAGUGAAAGACCCUAAUCAAUUGAACCAUUCAGCUGAGAUCGUCAACCAGGUAUUGAAGUCAAAACCAGGCGAUACUUUACCUGAACAGGUAGGAACUUUUAUUGAUGUAAGAGAUGUAGCUCAUGCUCAUUUAAAAGCAUUUGAAAUUGCUGAUAAAACUAACGGGAAAAGAUUGGUCACAGCUAAUACCUACUGGACCAAUCCAUUAAUUGCUCAUAUAAUAAACAAGAAUUUCCCUGAUUUAAAAAUCGCCAAAGGUUCAAUUGAACUUUCCGAUAAAGAAAUUAAAGACAAAGGUCAAAAGUUUGAUUUUAGUGCUACAAGGGAAAUUUUAGGAUUUGAUUAUGUUCCUUUAGAGAAGUCUGUUGUUGAUUCAGUUAAGCAAAUUCUUGCUACUAAAUAG